GAAUGGUAAAGAAAGAGAGGGGGCGGGAUUUCUUUCAUCUGCCUGACCGUUGUUUGCUUCACACAAUAAUCAGAAAAACAACACCAAAGAUUCCUUCCAAAAGCAAAUGCGUAAAACGUUUACGGAUAAAAGUUGGAUUUUAUAUUAAAAAGGUAAAAAAUAAAGGUCCAGGAGAUUGAGAGGGCAUGGAUGCAGGUGAUGACCAGAACACGGGCUCUACCAAUGGGAAUGCUCCGUCUGUUGGGAACUCCCGCCCUCCCCAGAUCGCCCACAUGUCUCUGUAUGAGAGGCAAGCUGUGCAGGCCCUUCAGGCGCUGCAGAGACAGCCGAACGCAGCCCAGUACUUCCAGCAGCUCAUGCUGCAGCAGCAAAUCAACAGUGCCCAGCAGCUUCACAACCUGGCUGCUGUGCAACAGGCCACCCUUGCUGCUAGUCGCCAGUCCAACUCUCCCAACCACAGUGUGUCCCAAGCAACCACCACUGUCAAUCUGAGCACCACCUCUGGGGGAGGGACCAUGUCCAAUCCCCGCCCCCUCGGCCCUGCCACAUCAGUGACAUCAUCAGCGCUCAGCCAAUCAGUGCUGCUGGGUGGGAACUCAGCCGGACAGGGCCAGAUGUACCUGAGAGUCAACCGCUCCCUCAGGGCACCCCUCGCAGCCUCCCAGCUCAUCUUCAUGCCUGGUGGCACAGCAACGGCUGCCGUAGCGACAGUUGCACAGCAACAGCCUCAGCAACAACAGCAGCAACAGGAAGUCCCUCCCAUCUCCAAUGCCCAAUCCGACAAUGACCAGGUGCAGAACCUGGCUCUCCACUGUAUCUCCACUCCCAGAGUGGCCGCAGUGAAGACGGAGUUUCCAGACAGGAGAGACGCAGCCAACUUUUCUCUUAGUCAACAACAACAACAGCAUCCUCAGCAGCAGCAGUUCUCUCAGAACACCCAGCAGCAGAUACAACCCCAGCAGCAACAAAUGGCCACCAAACUGACUAGCUACACUCAUCCCACUGCCACUGCUUUCCCCAGUAUGAAUGUCAAGACUGGAAACCAGCUGAAUAUGACCCCAACCUCUGCCACCUCAGUUCCCACCUCCCCCUCUCCCACGCUCCCUCUCUCCCAGCUCCUCCUCUCCCCCUCAGGCCUUUGUCAGGCCCAGGCGGUAACCACGGUUACCCCUGCUGCCACGGUGACGCACAUCCUAGUCCCCACCUCUAACGUUCCUACCUCCUCUCAGGGCUACCCCAUAGGUUCAGUCGCCCCCAAAACUAACGUCAACACCCAGACCUUGGUGGUGCAGCCACUGCAGCAGUCCAACACUAACAUGGACAAGGUGAGCCACAGCUCUGGCCCUGUGCACAUACAGCCCAAAACUUCACAGGGUCACCGCCUACCUGUCCAGCUGCCCCCACGCCACCCUCCACCUAUCCUCCCGGCUCCGCCCAACACGGGGGGCCACCACCCGCCCCAUGUCCCAGUCCAGCUGGUGGGAGCUAGGCAGGGCUCAGUAGGAAACUCCCAGGCUUUGGCACAGGCCCGAAGCUGCUGCCCCCAGGACAACGGCAUCGCUAUAGCCUCUACUGGAGGGAACACCACGGCAAAGCCUGCAAUUGGCUCAUUGAAGAGGAAGUCGGAAACUGAUGCAACCAAUGAGAUGGCAGUCGAACCUUCCCAACAUUGCUGUCCACCAAUGAGAGAUUCUGCCCCUCCUCUAUCUCCCGCCCCCACGUUGGACUCAGCUCCUAAAGCGGUGCCAGCCUUCUCCUCUCCCCCCACCCUGUCUCUGCCCCUGUCUUGGGGGGUGGGGGGUCAGGGAGACAGAGCCCCUCUGCCCCAGGCGGUGGUCAAACCUCAGGUCCUCACCCACCUCAUAGAGGGUUUUGUCAUCCAGGAGGGAGCUGAGCCUUUCCCUGUGACUGGGCCAGUGAAGGAGCCUCUAGCCAUGGGUGUUCAACAGGCUGACAAUGGAGGCCCUGCAGUGUUGAAGUGUGAGUACUGUGAGAGCUUGGCUCCAGCCAGCCAGUUCAGGGGCUCCAAGAGGUUCUGCUCCAAGACCUGCGCUAAGAGAUACAAUGUGAGCUGCAGUCACCACUUCCAGGUCAGUAGGGGGCGAGCUUCUGCACGGCCGCCUGGUCCUCCCGUUCCCCCAGACAGCAUCGUCAGACGCAGGGGUCCUCGCAGGAGUAGCUCGGAGGUCGCCUGCGCUAAAAUAGCCGGCAGACAUUUGCCUGUCAAGGAGUGUCGUUCUGAGUCCAGUCGCUCUGAGGAUGUGUCCAGCUGUGACGGGGAGGAGGAGGAGGAGGAAGAAGAUUCCCCAUCACUCUCCCCUAGCUCCUCCCUCUCCUGCCCUAGGCCCGCCCACUGCGAUCCCCAUUUGGACGACUCGGCUCAAGGCAGCCUCCCAUUGGACGAGGCCAACUUUCUGUCUGGGAGCCCCGCCCAUUGGGGUGUGGAGGAGGUCUGCAGGUUCAUCUCUUCACUACAAGGUUGUGAGGACCUGGCAGCCCAGUUCCUGUCCCAGGAGAUUGACGGACAGGCUCUGCUGCUACUCAGAGAAGAACACCUAAUCUCCACCAUGAACAUCAAACUAGGACCCGCCCUCAAGAUCUGUGCCUUCAUCAACAGCCUACGAGACUGACGGGGGAGGGAGGGAGGAGGAAGAAGAGGGGUUCCAUUGAACUUCAAACUGGGACCCACACUAGACUUGCAUUAGUGACGUUUAAGCCUGAGACCAAGACUGAAAGGGAGGGGAAAAUGGGGGUUGAUUUUAACCAUAAACAUCAAUCAUUUUAGAAAUGAGAUAAAGGGGGUUGAAUAUAGGUAAGAAGGGAAAUAAUUAGGAUAUGCUUUGACUUUCCUGGACAUUGAAUGUGAAAAGAAAUCUGUUAGUUAUGAGUGAGAGGUGAGCAUGGGCAUCUGAUAGUCAGUCUUUAGUGUUCCUGUUUGUGAGGUAAACUGACAAAGUGUGUGUGUGUGUCUGUGUCUGUCAGGAGAAACAUAUACUCAUGUGACACUGCAAAUGUGCUCACCUACAGUAACCGUGGCUAGCUAGCUAGGACAGUUCAAGUUGCCUUUUUCUACAUUUCAGCGGUGCUAUAACCAUAGUGUUAUUAUUGAAAAUGGUCCAUUUCACUUUACUUUUCUUUUUACAAAGUGGAUUUGUAAUGUUAAUGUAGAUGUCAGUCCAGCCAGGCUCUAAUCAAGUGUAUGAAAGGACAUUAAAGAGCUUUAAUUAACAUUUUUUUUUUUUUUUAUUUCACCAGAUACGACUCUGUUUUAUAGCUUUGAUCUUUUGUACUACAAUCAAAGUUAUUAUUUUGGUGUGGAAGUUUUUCAUGGAGAGGAUGUAGUGAGUAUUAGUAACUGACUGAACUACCUGAAUAUGGGUAUUUGUCCUGAGAGGAGAGAUACUGUGUGCAGUACUACCAUUAAACACCUGUUACUGGAA